GAGCUUGUGUACUUGGUGACGGCCUUGGUCCCCUCGGAAACGGCAUGCUUGGCCAACUCGCCGGGGAGCAGCAACCGGACGGCGGUUUGAAUUUCCCGGGAGGUGAUCGUCGACCGCUUGUUGUAGUGCGCCAACCGGGAGGCUUCGGCGGCGAUCCGUUCGAAGAUGUCGUUGACGAAGCUGUUCAUGAUGCUCAUAGCCUUCGACGAGACACCGGUGUCCGGGUGGACUUGUUUCAGCACCUUGUAGAUGUAGAUAGCGUAGCUUUCCUUUCGGCGUGGCUUCUUCUUCUUCUUUUCGCCCUUGACGAUGUUCUUCUGGGCCUUGCCGGCGGCGGGCGACUUCUUGGUGGCCUUUCCGCUUGCUGACUUCGGUGGUGCCAUGUUUCGAGCUUCGACUGCUUCGGCUGGGAUACGCGGGCAAAGUGAUGCCUACCAGCCGGCAGGGGCUCCGCUUUUGUGCCGAUCGAAUAGCAAGCGAAGCUCCGCCCCUUUGGCUCGCACGUCGUACCAGUCCGUUUCGUUCGUGCCGUCCCAGUAUUGGUGCAGCGCAGCGUUACUCCAGUACAAAAGCGCUCGACACCGUCGCCCCGGCCAUCAGUAUAGAGGCAGAUACACGCACGCACGCACGCACACGAUGUCUGGCCGUGGCAAAGGAGGCAAAGCGAGGGUGAAGGCAAAGUCCCGUUCCAGCCGUGCUGGAUUGCAGUUCCCGGUCGGUCGCAUCCACCGUCUGCUCCGGAAGGGCAACUAUGCCGAGCGGGUCGGUGCCGGGGCCCCAGUCUACCUGGCGGCCGUCAUGGAGUAUCUGGCUGCGGAGGUGCUCGAGUUGGCGGGAAACGCUGCCCGUGACAACAAGAAAACCAGAAUCAUCCCCCGUCAUCUGCAGUUGGCCAUCCGCAACGACGAAGAGCUGAACAAACUGCUGUCCGGCGUGACCAUCGCCCAGGGCGGUGUCCUGCCGAACAUCCAGGCCGUUCUGCUGCCCAAGAAGACCGAGAAGAAGACGACGGCAUAGGCUGGGCAGCAUUCCGCUCGCGUCCUCGCGUGUCGACCCAAAAUCAAAACCGUCCUUUUCAGGACGACCAUAUCCCAUUCGCCCCGCUGGAGAGUUGUUUCGAGACAUGUUCUGUUAGCCCACACAUUGUUCGAUAGAGGAGUUGGUGACAACAUUCUGUCGGAUGAUAGCUUUGCUGAGUAUCGUUUGGCUGCUAAAGCCCAAUUUCGUGUUUAAAUGAAAUCGCUCGAGAAAUGUCUUGACCGAUUCCUGGCAGAAACUUCCUAACAGUGCCACUUGAAUUGUCAUUUCUUCGGUACGCAACUGCGUACUGCGAUCAAAGAAAACGAAUUUCUCGCGCGAUUCAGGCACGUGCAUCAAGAUAGGCCGCGAUGUGGUCGGAUUCGAUUGCUAAUAAAUUGGCAUAAGCUACCUGGAAACACACUUCCACGCCGACAUUGACAUUGACGUAAUAAAGCUGACCGAGCGCCGUUUAUCACAUGAGGCUAAUUCUGUCCGACAAUCUAGUCUAGAAUAUUCGUGUUAACUCUUCCGUGGAACGAUUUCG